GAAAACAAAACUCAUUAAAAUCAGCUGGAUAAACCAAGUCGGCCAAUACAUUAAAUGUACAUACAUUAAAAUUAAUAGAUUUUUUUAUUUUACUCAUAAUUCAUAAUUUGGACCUGGUUAAUUAUUUUUUAAUCAAAAUCUUUCAUUCAUAACAUGGAGUACUCUAACAAGAAUUUUCCAGAAUUAAAAAAUGAUAGACUACUUCGAGCAGCUUUAGGAAAAAGUGUUGACAAAGUCCCUGUUUGGGUAAUGCGACAAGCUGGAAGAUAUUUACCAGAAUUUCAGGAAGUCCGAGCUAAACACGAUUUUUUCACGGUUUGUCGAACUCCAGAAUUAGCUUGUGAAGUAACACUGCAGCCGCUCAGAAGGUAUGAGCACUUGGAUGCAUCUAUAAUAUUCAGUGAUAUUCUUGUGAUACCACAAGCACUCGGCAUGACUGUUGAAAUGCACCCUGGAGUCGGUCCAGUAUUUCCUAAACCACUUCAAACCCCAUCAGAAAUAGAUGGUCUCCAACCAGAAGGUGCAGUUUCAAGGUUGGAUUAUGUUGGAAAGGCUAUCACACUGACAAGACAUAAAAUAGAUGGUAAAGUUCCCUUGAUUGGCUUUACUGGAGCUCCGUUUACACUAUUUGGAUACAUGCUAGAGGGUGGAGGAAGCAAAACAAUGUCUAAAACAAAAGAAUGGCUCGAGAAGUAUCCUAAAGAUGUCCAUAGACUCCUUUGUCUUCUUACUAAUGUUAUAAUUGACUAUGUGGUGAUGCAAGUGGAGAGUGGAGCGCAACUUCUGCAAGUAUUUGAAUCAAGUGCAGAUCACCUCUCAAGAGAACAAUUUACUGAGUUUUCUAUUCCAUAUUUGAAAGACAUUAGAAGUGGAGUUAGAGCUAAACUUACAGAAAAAUCUUUAGAACAGGUUCCUAUGACCAUAUUUGCAAAAGGAGCUGGACAUUCCUUAGAUAUUCAAGCUCAAUUAGGUUAUGAAACCAUUGGACUAGAUUGGACAGUGGAUCCUACUGAAGCCAGGAAAAUUGUAGGUGAAAACAUUACUUUGCAAGGAAAUCUUGAUCCUCAGGAUUUAUACAAAACUCCUGAAGAAAUAAAAACACUUACAACUGAAAUGGUGAAAAAGUUUGGAAAACAUAGAUACAUAGCUAAUUUGGGUCAUGGGAUUACACCACAAACCCCACUUGAGAGUAUGACUGUUUUUACUGAAACAGUACAUGAAGCUAUAUAAGAAGAAUAUUUUUAUGCAUGUUAUAUGGUUGGGAAUUAAAGAAUUUGCUUGUUAAUACAGAA